GCAGGCCCAAGAGCCGAGAAGAUCAAAGCUUUUCUGGCCGCCACGGCCGAAGGCUACAAGCUGGCGGCUGCAAGGCCAAGCGAUGCCGCAAAAGCAUUGGUAGACUGUGGCCACCCCUCCCUGCAGGAUGCGGAGUUUGUGGAGGCAUCCAGUGCCUGCAUCGCCAAGCAAUUUCUGACCCCUGAUGGCCAGUGGGGUCUCAUGGAACCGAAGCGGUGGAGCGACUUUGUGGACUUCUUGUGCACUUCUGGAAUCGUUCGUGGCAGGGCCGGUGAGGCCAUACCCCGGGAAGCAAUCGAAGUUGAGUCGCUCUUCACAAACCGCUUGCUGCCGUGA